AUGGAACCGGACGAAAUCUUCAAAGCCAGAGGCACCUGUGGAGUGCAAGCGCAGGGGACCCAGCUCCAAGGGUGCGACUUCGACCGCGUGACCUUCAAGACUGAGUGCCUUACCAGGGUGGUUGGCCUCAUGGGGCGUCCUCAAUGUGUCUAUGUGGGACACCAUAUGGAGCUCCAUCCCAAAGACAUCAUGGGGAAGCCGGCGCCCUAUUCGGUCUACAUCCUACAGUGCCCACUGCUUGCACCGCCGGGCCUUGGGCAACGGUCCCGGGACCGCGGCAAGGCGUUUCUGGAGGUCCAAAGUGACCGGGGUCAAACAACUCUGGCCAUUUUUGAUCGCAGCUUUCUAGCCGUCGCCAAAGGUGCUCAAGCGGACAGCACGAAGCGCAGUGCGCCAGGGCAUUCUUUUGGCACGGCAAAAGUUGGGGUGAAGCUGUUUAUCUCCAAAAAGUUGGAGAAGACCAGCAAGGGACGGAUCAACCAACCGCCGCAGAUGGUGAUGUCGUUGGUUUUCACCAAGGUCGGAGCAGCUCCCAGCUUCGGAUUCGGCAGUGAUGAGCAGAGGAAGCAUCCUUCAGCCAAGUAUCCUGACGCCAGCGUCGAUUUGAUCGGUGCCACAGUGGAUACGCAGAAGGUGAAGUUCCACAGCACACCACAGGUGCACAUGGGCAGUGAGGACAGAUCCAGCUUGAAGAAUGCAGAGAUCAUCCGCACCAAUGCUGAGCUGGCGAUGGGCCUGGAAUCCCCCGGUGCCUUGGAGUACUUCCCCAAGGAGGUGCACAAAGCGGUGCCGGCCUAUUCCUUCGCCUCGAAGAAUGCCAGCGAAAGGAAGCCCGAAAACAGGGUGCAGCUUUUGCAGAUGAGCACUCCCAGAAAUAUCGGACCAGGCUCGCAUGUGCCAGCCACCUCCAUGGGCCACCAGCCCACAUCCCCGCGGCGAAACGCGCCGGCCUGGACGAUGACUGGAAAGAGCCCGCGUGACUAUGGGCAACCGGAAUUGCUGGCCAUCGAGGAUAAGGUCUUCAGCUCCAUCGGGAAGCAGGUCUUGUCCACCAUCAGAUCUCCACCUGGCGUAGGGGUGUCGAAAUCGACCCGAGAUCAGUCCAACAGGACAGGGGUGGGCCUGGUGAACACAGCUAGCUCAGGCUUGUUGAUGGACCCCUUGUGUUCCAGCCGGAUGGUGUUCUGGAUCAGUGGCGUUCAACGCUUUGAAACUGUCCAGCUAUACUGUACAUGCGAAUCUAUACAUGUCCGACUCGUUGCAAGUGCCAGCACAGGCUACUGGUAUAAUUUUAGAAACGUCACCAGAUCCCUUCAGGGUAUCCUCAUAUGGGUAUGUCUGAAAAUGGAGUAUACCCCCAAUGAAAUAGCCAUAAAAAGUAGGGAUAUGUAG